AUGGAUUGGCGCGAAAAACUUUUCGGCCGUGUCCUCGUGAAAUGCGAUUCGCCGGGAACGCAGAAUGGGAAAUUCGAGAAUAUUCAGACCCUGGUGGCGUUGUCCGAUUGUGUCGAAGAAGGGGAUGGGGCCGUAUGUGGUAUUUACUUUUCGUUCGCAAAUAUCAGUGACGCUAGUGACGAUUUCGGUGUGAGAUUAGAGCAACUUUAUAGGUCGGUCUAUCCGCGAUUGAAAGUGGUGGAAGUUGUGCUGUGGGCUCAUGUGGGGACACCGGAAGGACCGGUAGAGCGGGAGGCCGGAUUCCGUCGCACUUUGACCGGGAAGCCGUGGUUUGCUGUGCCAUUUCAUGACGUCGAUACCAAACGUCGACUGACACAAAAGUCCAGCAUCGCAGUCGGCGUGCCAACUCUUGUGAUCCGGGGAAGGGCGAUGCGGGACGCCUUACUCAGCGACCCAGCAGGGGAACGAUUCCCGUGGCCGGCACCUCCUCUGAAUGAACUGUUAAGAGGAGUCCAGUUACAAGGAGAGCAGAGCAAAUCGUAUGAAGAGUUACCAGCAGAUGCCAUCAGGGUGUUUUACUUUGCUGCGCAUUGGUGUCCACCGUGUCGGUCGUUUGCACCGAGUCUGUGCUCGACGCUGUCAGCUGUGCGCAAACGCAGAUCUAAAUACGCCAACACACAGCUAAUACUUGUAUCUAGCGAUAGAUCUGAGCAAUCGUUCAAGCGUACAGUAGCAUCAGUGUCUGCGGCGGGAGCCCUAGCGGUGCCUUGGUCGGCGAGCGAGUCUCGGACUGCGCUUCCGGCAGCGCUGGGCGUCGCCGGCAUACCUGCCCUUGUCAUAACUGAUGGCGAAGGGAAAGUACUGACUUCCAAUGGACGCCAACAUUUGGCCGCUGAUCCCACAGGACUGAACUUCCCAUGGGGCCAGCGUCCCGUAUCGGUGGUGACGGAGCAAGCUUUGUUGAAGAUGGCGCGACACCCGGCCGUCGUGCUUUUCAUUGACGACGAAGACUCAGAAAUGGAAUUCGCCGAGUCAGUCCUGGCCCCCGCCGCGGAGUCCUACUACGAAGAGUGCAGCAUCCAGUACCCGGGCUUCUGUCCUUACCAGAACUCUUCCGACGACGAGACGAUGGACUUCGACUACUCCACCACCAAGUCAUCAAAAAUCAAGAAGAAGUCAUUCAGACACGUCAUGUUCUUCAUCGGCAUCGACGGAACGGACAGCGCCGAUAUGAUCAGGGAGCACAUAGGGCUGGACGAUGCGGUGCCGAUGCUCACCGCUAUAGAUUUCCCGAAGCAGCGAAUGGUGUCGAUGAAGUUCGGUGAUGAAAUAACUACCGAUUCGGUCCAGAAUUUCGUCGAUGCGUUUCUGAGUGGCAACGCCGAAUUUAAACCGCUCAAACCGUACAGUGAUAAGUGCUAA